AUGAUCUGCCAACGAUGCCGGACCGGCAUCCUGUCUCGAUUCCAGCAGCACACGGUUACGUCGCCUGCCCUGUCUGGCGCGCGCCAGCUCACUCUUCCCAUCCAGCGGGCUCAAUUCCGCAAUUACAGUGACGGCAAGCCCACCGUGUCCGCCGCACCGCCGCCGCCCAAGCCCCGACAGCCUGGCGUGAGCGACGUGACCGUCGCGUCCGCCGUCUCCUCCGCCACCCCUGGAGUGUCGCAACCAUUGAGCACCCCCACGGACGGUGUUCACAGCGAUGUUCACCCCGGAAAGGCCCGCAAGGUCGUCGAGCGGCCCCCGAGUAGCUGCCUUGCUGGCACGAAACUGAACGGGCUCAACUACUUCAAGAACAAGCCUGAUCUGCUCGCUCUGGAGGAUUCGGAGUACCCCGAUUGGCUGUGGGGUUUGUUGGAUGAGAACAAGAAGGGGAAGACCGAGCAGGGUGGCGUUGAUCCAAGCACUCUGAACAAGAAGCAGCGCAAGCGCUACGAGAAGAAGAUGGCUGCCCGCGCCGCGAACCUCCCUCCCGUGAUCCCCAUCCACGAACAGGCCAACGAUAUCACACCCGCGGCCUACAACCGCGAUCAGGCAGAGGCCCAGGAUACCCUGGUCGUCGCCGCCGAGAGUCUCGAGAAGCGGACCGAGAUCACCCGAAGCGCGAGAGAUGCCCGGAGAAAGGGCAUCAGAGAGGCCAACUUCCUGCGCGGGUUGUAA